UAUCAUUUUCGGGUUCGAACAGGCAGCCAAAAUUUCUUAGGCGGCAGGUUCAGACAAAGGGCACAAAUUUAAUUUUUUUAGGUGGUCGCCGACGGCGAUCCAAAAUUACAGCACUAAUCAGAAGAGCUCGAAGCCCCAAUUUCUCAGUCCCAAAUUCCAAGAAAAGAAAACUCUUUUUCAAAUUCGUCUGUUGUUUAGAGUGUCCGAAAAUGGAAGGAGGUUUCAGCGCGGAAGAUCUGUCGACGAUCGGAGGAAUCGCGACGGUGUCGCUUCUCCACUCGUUCAUCCCCACGCAUUGGCUCCCUUUCUCCAUCGUCGGCCGUGCCCAGAAAUGGACUCUCUCUCGCACUCUCUUCGUCACUGCAUUUGGAGCAAUCUUGCACGUCAUAUCGACUUCAAUUCUUGGCAUAACAGCAGUAACCAUGGCAAAUACAAUUGCUGGCGAAGAAACAGUGCACAAGCUUGCUUCACUUUUGCUUGUAGUCCUUGGUGGCAGUUAUAUUUUGUUAUUUUUAUCUGGAAGGGGUGGUCACAGUCAUUCUCACAACCAACCCAUGGAAAAAAUGGCCGUUGCCGGGCUGGUUCUUGUUCCCGCAUUGUCUCCUUGUGCCACUACGCUUCCAGUAUUUCUUGCUGUUGGGAAUUCAUCUUCCAUGAUGGUACUUGCUAUUAUAGUACUGCUAUUCAGCACCAUAGCUGUGAUGACUUCACUGGUCGCUCUGUCAUUCUACGGCGCAAGCCAGCUUAAGUUUCAUUGGGUGGAGCGAUACGACAAGCUUCUGGUAGGUUCAGUGCUGUGUUUGGUAGGCGUCUUGACACUCAUUUUUCAUGAUCAUGAUGGAGAUGGUGGUUCCACCGGAGAGCAUUUGCAUAGGAAACUCAUUGUCUGAAGUUUCAAAUUGGUCCUCCAAAUGUGUAUUUUGGCAAAAAAAAAAAAAAAAAAAAAAACUAUUAGAUAAUGAGUUUUUAGCUGUAUUAAGUAGAACUGUUUGAGAAUGUGCUGUCCGAUUUACAGUGUCUACAGUGGCUGAGCUGUGGUGAGUUUCUCUCCUUUCUGGCUUUCUCUUGUAUACAACUCUCUCUUCCUUUUC